AUGCCAAAAUACGCCAAAUUUCUCAAGGAGCUUCUAACUAAUAGAAGGAAGAUGGAAGAAGUGAAGAAGGUGGUCCUAAACGAGAACUGGUCAGCUGCUAUGUUGAGCAAACUUCCUAAGAAGAAAGGAGAUCUGGGAAGUUUAACAUUGCCCUGCCAAUUUGGAAACUUGGCUACCAUUUAUGCACUAGCUGAUUCAGGGAAAAGUGUAAAUCUCAUGCCUUACUUGUUUUUCAAAAAGUUAGAUCUUCCCGAGCCAAGGCCCAUUCGUAUGGCAAUACACCUAGCAAACAAGAUGGUUACAUUUCCUAGGGGAAUUUGUGAAGAUCUUCUGGUGAAAGUGGACAAUGCUAUUAUCGACAUGCGAGACUCUAAACUUACCCUUCGGGUAGGAGACGAAUUAGUCACUUUUGGAGUUGAUCAAUCCAUGAAGCAUGCAAGGAGUAGUGAUGACACGACAUUUUCGAUUGACAUGUUGGAAGAAUUGUUGGAAGAUUGGAAUGAAGAUAAACCAAACAAGUCCACCGUCUCAUUUGAAGAAGAGUUUGAUGCUGAAAGGGACCUAUUGGAUUAG